ACUGGCAUAAUUUCUAUGAAUUUUAGGAUCUGGAGAGAGGAUAGAGAGCACCAUGGAGGCAUUCACACAUGCGGUGGAGCAGGGCACUGAGAUGCUGGAGAUGGACUGUCAUUUGACACAUGAUGGCUUUGUGGUGGUAUCACAUGAUGAGAAUUUACUGAGGCAGGCUGGCCAUGAUGUCACAAUCUCCUCGCUCAAUCUGCAGGAUUUGCCUUUGUAUAAGGAGAGACUGGAGGUAACAUUUUAUGAAGGCCGUUACAGCACUGGCAAGGACAGGAAGUUUGCUCUGCUGGAGGAUGUGUUCAAGAAGUUCCCUGAGAUGCCGAUCAGCAUUGAGAUCAAAGAGAACAACCACGAGCUCAUUAAAAGGGUGUCUGAUCUGGUUAAAAGCUACAACAGGGAGGGGAUCACUGUGUGGGCUUCCGCAGACUCCACGAUCAUGAAGCAAUGCUGGAAAAUGAACGGCUCCAUGCCGUACAGUUUCAGUAUGAGCCGAGGCCUGCUGCUUCUGCUUCUCUUCUACACGGGGCUGCUGCCCUUUGUGCCAAUAGGAGAGAGUUUGCUACAGUUCUACCUAAUGCGCAUCUUCAACAGGACAUUCAUUCCCGAUGAAGCUCUCCUGAGGAACAAGCUCGUUGUGUGUUUGAUAGAAAAAAUAACUAUGAGGAAGAGUCUUUUUAGGCACCUCGCUGCCCGUGGAAUUCAGGUGCAUUUAUUUGUUUGCAACACAGAAGAAGACAUAGAGGCAGCAUUAGAAGUAGGAGCCACUGGAGUGAUGAGUGACUAUCCAACUCUUCUGUCCGGCUACUUCUGCAAAAACAGAAGUCAGGACUGAAUCCAAGCACACCAUCACAUGAUGGCAACAAUGACACUGAUGAAAACGGCUAAUGCAACAUUUGUUGAAGAAUCUUUGGUCUGCAUAAUAAUCGCCAUGCAGUGGGAACACAACUAUCAUUAAUCUCUUUGGUGCUGACCUUUAAUCGCUGUUGACAGAAUGACUUGUUUGUCGUGGGAUCGUCUCUACAGCCUCCACCCACAAACAAACCACGGCAUUGAUCUGCAGCACAUCUAACGAGUGAAUCUUUAACUAGCUGGACUGUAUAUUUGAUUAAAUGUGACUUUAUUUUGAAUGUCUCUAAUGUUACUUUCUGCCACUUUUAAGAUAGGGCUUGAGAAAUAAAUGAUUAUGAAUAAA